AUCUCUUCCCUUUCUCUUUGGUUGGAUCCGUGGAUUCCUUGAGAAUGCUCGAGUUUUCACCUGAGUGAGAAAGGUAUGAGGUGCUAUUAAGAGUCUCCCUAGAGGAAGAUAUAAUUUGUCGACUUGGAGAGAGCACGAGGAUUGCAGUAAAUGGAGGGGAAACCUGCGGCCGGAAUGGAUAUGUCUACGCUGGAAUCGCUGGCUAACGAGUCUGUGGAUUUGGAACACAUCCCAGUCGAGGAGGUCUUCGCUCAGCUGAAAUCCUCGCCAGGAGGUCUGACUCAAGCGGAAGGAGAAGCUCGCCUCCUGAUCUUCGGCUACAACAAGUUGGAAGAGAAAAAUGAGAGCAAAAUUCUCAAGUUCUUGGGGUUCAUGUGGAAUCCCCUAUCUUGGGUCAUGGAAGCUGCUGCCAUUAUGGCCAUUGCCUUGGCCAACGGCGGAGGCAAGCCUCCAGAUUGGCAGGAUUUCAUCGGUAUCCUCACUUUGCUGGUAAUCAAUUCCACCAUCAGUUUCAUCGAGGAGAACAAUGCCGGUAAUGCUGCAGCUUCUCUUAUGGCCCGACUCGCUCCCAAGACGAAGGUGCUUCGCGAUGGGAAGUGGUCGGAGCAGGAUGCCGUCAUUCUUGUUCCUGGAGAUAUCAUCAGCAUCAAGUUGGGCGACAUCGUUCCUGCUGAUGCGCGUCUUCUGGAAGGAGAUGCUUUGAAAAUAGACCAGUCCGCCCUUACAGGAGAGUCGCUUCCGGUGACAAAGAAGCCAGGAGAUGAGGUGUACUCAGGAUCUACAUGUAAGCAGGGAGAACUCGAGGCAGUGGUCAUCGCUACUGGAGUGCACAGCUUCUUUGGCAAAGCUGCUCAUCUUGUUGACAGCACUCACCAAGUUGGCCACUUCCAAAAGGUGCUCACUGCCAUUGGAAACUUCUGCAUCGUCUCAAUUGCCAUUGGACUGGUGGUGGAGAUUAUCGUCAUGUACCCCAUUCAGAAGAGAAAGUACCGUGAAGGAAUUGACAAUCUGCUGGUGCUGCUCAUCGGUGGUAUUCCUAUUGCUAUGCCGACUGUCCUUUCUGUGACAAUGGCUAUUGGGUCUCAUCGCUUGUCUCAGCAGGGAGCCAUCACAAAGCGUAUGACUGCCAUUGAGGAGAUGGCUGGCAUGGACGUUCUGUGCAGCGACAAGACCGGAACCUUGACAUUGAACAAGCUUUCUGUUGACAAGAACCUCAUUGAGUGCUUUGCUAAAGGCGUGGACAAGGACAUGGUGGUUCUUUCAGCAGCAAGGGCAGCUAGAAUUGAAAAUCAAGAUGCCAUUGAUGCAGCUAUCGUAGGAAUGCUGGCAGAUCCCAAGGAGGCACGGGCGGGAAUCAGGGAGAUUCACUUUCUUCCAUUCAACCCAGUUGAUAAGCGUACUGCCAUCACUUUCAUCGACAGCGAUGGAAAAUGGCACAGGGCAAGCAAAGGGGCACCCGAAGAGAUCCUGCAUUUGGCACAUAACAAAGACCAAAUUUCUGCCAGAGUUCAUUCCAUCAUAGAUAAGUUCGCUGAGCGUGGACUUCGCUCUCUCGCUGUGGCAACGCAGGAAGUACCAGAGAAGAACAAAGAAAGUCCUGGAGGCCCAUGGGAGUUCUUGGGUCUCCUCCCUCUCUUUGAUCCACCACGUCACGACAGUGCAGAAACCAUUCGUCAAGCUUUAAACCUUGGAGUCAAUGUCAAGAUGAUAACAGGUGAUCAACUGGCUAUUGCAAAAGAAACAGGACGUCGUUUGGGUAUGGGAACAAACAUGUACCCUUCCUCCGCUCUUCUUGGAAAUACCAAGGACGAGGCGAUUGCAUCUUUGCCGAUUGACGAGCUCAUUGAAAAUGCUGAUGGAUUUGCUGGAGUGUUUCCAGAGCACAAAUAUGAAAUUGUCAAGAGACUCCAAGAAAAGAAGCACAUUUGUGGUAUGACUGGAGAUGGUGUGAAUGAUGCACCUGCACUUAAAAAGGCAGACAUUGGUAUUGCAGUAGCGGAUGCUACAGAUGCUGCUCGUAGCGCGUCUGAUAUUGUCCUCACAGAACCUGGUCUCAGUGUGAUCAUCAGUGCAGUUCUCACCAGCCGAGCCAUUUUCCAGAGGAUGAAGAACUACACCAUAUAUGCCGUCUCCAUUACGAUUCGUAUUGUGCUUGGAUUCUUGCUCCUCACUUUGAUCUGGAAAUUUGACUUCUCGCCAUUCAUGGUAUUGAUCAUUGCCAUCCUCAAUGACGGUACAAUCAUGACCAUUUCUAAGGAUCGCGUGAAGCCUUCUCCACUACCUGACAGCUGGAAACUUAAAGAAAUUUUCGCACAGGGUGUCGUUAUCGGAACUUAUCUUGCUGUGAUGACAGUGGUCUUCUUCUGGGCUGCUGAUAAAACUGACUUUUUCGAGAGAAAAUUUGGAGUGCACUCACUGAAUGGUCGUCACGACGAGCUCACAGCUGCCGUGUAUCUCCAAGUCAGCAUCAUCAGUCAAGCUCUGAUCUUUGUCACACGGUCCAUGAGCUGGUCUUUCUUGGAGAGACCAGGUGUCUUGUUAAUGAGUGCUUUCUGGAUUGCACAGCUGGUCGCAACCUUCAUCGCUGUGUAUGCCAACUGGGGUUUUGCUCACAUCAAGGGAAUCGGCUGGGGAUGGGCUGGAGUUAUCUGGCUUUACUCUCUUGUCACUUACUUCCCACUUGAUGUCAUCAAGUUCGCUGUUCGCUACAUUUUGAGCGGAAAGGCAUGGGACAACCUAUUUAACCGCAGGACUGCAUUCACAAACAAGAAAGACUUCGGAAAGGAUGAUCGUCAAGCUCAGUGGGCACAACAACAACGUACACUCCAUGGGCUGACUACUCCCGGUGCUGACGACGGUGAUCAAACCUUCAAAAGCGUUCCUGAACUAGCUGGGGAAGCGAAAAGACGCGCAGAGAUGGCCAGGUUGAGAGAGCUGCACACCUUGAAGGGACAUGUAGAAUCUGUUGUCAGGAUGAAGGGAAUGGACUUGGAAACCAUUCAGCAAUCAUACACCAUGUGAUGUACAUGGAAGUGAAAAUUUUUGGCCGACCCCCACACAUUAAAAAUAGGUAAUAUGCUGAGAUGGAACCCAUGACUGAUACGUUCAUCUUCCUUGACACUAGACAGACAGCUCAGAUACAAGGGAGGAAGGACAGGGUUGUUUCUCACGUAACUUGAACAUAUCUGGACACAUAGCUUGUUUCAGUCUCAAGCAAAGUCUAGUCGUGAGGCCCUUCACAGAAAUGUAAAAAUGGAAUAAGCAUCGUGAGACGGGGCGACAGAUAGAGAGACAGAUAAGUGACCACUGAACUUUAAGUAUGAGAACAUUCAUAUGAAAAGCAUCACAGAUUCAGUAGACUAGGAAGGGCCAUGGAGUCUUGAGACACCACAAAUUGUUUCACUUAUCAAUGUAUCUACAUAAAGAUCAUGUUUCACGUCA